CUAUGCUCAUUACGAUUUCGCCUUUUGUCAAAUUCGCGUCCACUCGUGCGGGCUUUCCAACUUUGCAACCGCUAAAUUGAAGGUCACGCCAGGCCUGAAGGCCCAGCCAAUCCUGCAGUAGUUUCUCAAAGUCUAUCUUUUAAUUAGCGAAGGUUUUGGUGGAGCUCGGCAAGCCGUUCGCACACAGGGCUCCAGUUGCUCAGAGCCUUGUAACCACGCGGCAACAGAGACUUCCAGGCGCAACACAGGCAACGCCAAUCUGAAGUCCCAGUACUAUAUACGAACGUUGGGCGCGCCAAAGGACCUGCAAAGGACUCCACAAAGGACUACGGUCGACUGGAAGGAGCAGAUGGCCCCUACUGGAGGGCAAGCAGAGACUGACGAUCCAGGGGUUAGGAGUAAAGCGCCGGUUCAGCAACAGCAACCGCCGCAUCCCCUGCAGGCACUGCAUCCCAUCCCGGCAGCAAAACCCGAAACACUCGUCUCGGCUCCACAGCAGGAGCAGCAGCAACGUGCCCUAGCGCCGAUGCAGCUGCAACAUGAUAAUCCAUCGCAGUUGCAUCCCAAAGGACAGCACACAGACUUGGAGCACGAGCGCAAACGCGAUCAGGCAAUCCAGUUCAUCCGGGGGCCGCAGCUGCAGCCGCGCGCGGUUGCAUGCAUGCCGCUGCUGGAUCUCUCACCCAUAAGGCCCUUUGGGAUAGCGCUGCAGCCAACAACAGCAUCACCGCUUGUCGUAGCUCCGCCGGAGGGGCCCUGGCGGUUCUUGAAGAAAGAGCCAGAGACAUGUCAGGCACUGGUGAUAGCAUCCGCAGUUGGAGCAGUACCGGCAGCGGCGCCAGCGUUGCCAGCAGCAAGCGUGGACGAACGCCACGUGGAUUCAAUGCAACAGCAGCAGCAGUCACAACAACAGGAGCAGUGGCAGGGGUUCGGGCUACCGUUGCCGCUGCCGGUUCCUCGACCGCCUUCGCAGCGGCAGCGGAGGCAGCCCUGCACAGCCGCGGCACGCAAUUCGGGUCCCCCGCAAGCUCCCCAUGCCCUGCCGCCGCCGUCACCUCCUCCACCUUCGUCCUCGUCGCCUCUGGCGUUCUGGCACCCUGGAGAUCAAGAUGACUGUACGGCGGCGUCUUCCGAUGCCGCCGCCGACUCGUCGGCAUGCGGUGCUGGUGGACCGUGGCAUCCUGGCGGCGGCGCUGAUACGGCGCUUUCGCAGCCCCCGUCGCUACCUCUGCCGCAGCCGCUGCCGCAAGAACCCCAUGAGGAGCAGCAGGGGCGGCGGAGGAGACGGCGUACGGCAGGUACGACACCGUCGCGCCUUCAGACGGUUGUCGUGGCUACGGCGACAACCACAGCUGCAGCCACAGCUGCUCCUUUUGAGUCAGGGCGAAAUCAUCAAUGUGCAGACCGCGGUGUCAGCGACGAUGGCGGAAGCGGCGGCGGCAUUGGUGGCCCGCCGCCUGUUUUCGUGGCCGACGAUGACGUCUCGGGGGAUUUCUGGACGCAUGAGGUUGAUCCGCGGGAGGUGGGCCUGCCGGAGGGCUGGCGCUGCUGCUGGAAGCUGCGGGCGGGCGGCAAGGAGGCGGGUCGUCGCAAGGACUUCCGGUUCCAGUCCCCAGACGGGCGGAGGUUCAUCAGCCUGCUCAGCGCGAGAGACCAUGCGGCGCUCCUGGCAAGCAAUGUAGCUGCGCCGGCAGCCAAUCUUGCUGCAAGCACAACUGCAGCUGCUGCCGCCGCCAUCACGGAGACAGUUCCUGCAGCUCUUGGUACAAGCGACGCGGGCGGCUGCGGCCCUAGCGGAGGCGGCGGAGGUGCCGGCAUCGGUCGUGUAAAGCGCGCCGUCGCCGCCGCCGCGGCGUCAUGUGGCACCACAACGCAAGCCCGUGGCGGCGGUCGUGUCGCCGGCCGGGGUGCCCGUCGUGGCGGCAGCGGCGCCGCCGCCGCCGCAUUUCGCGGCCGCCGCCGCCGUAAGCUCCUUCGCCGCGACCUUGACGGCGAUGGUGACGUCACCAGCGAUUGCGGUACAGAUGCCGAGGAGGAGCAGCCGCAUGAUGACCAGAUGUGCGCCGCGAGUGAUGCAGCGGCGGACGACAUCAUGGGCGCUAGAAAGCACUCGCGCUCGCCUGCGGUCUUGUACGGGACGUCCAAUGUCACGUUGUACGGCAAUGGGAGGAGAGCUCCGGGUGUCGAACAGCUUCGAAAUGGUCGCAGCCAAACUCCGGAGCGCGUCGUUGGUGUCGCUAUUGGCGAAUGGUGUGUAAAACCGGAAGCGGCGGCGGUGGCGGCGGCAGCGGCAGGAACGGCAGUAGCGGCGGCGAGGCGCGUAUGGAGCGAGGAAGAUGAGGAGGCGCAGCUAAGUGGUCUCGAUGCGCUAGCAGCUGCAGCGGCGGCGGUGGGCCGUGACGAGAUGAAGGCCUGUCGGCGGGAGCGUAAAGCGGCGGUAGCGGCUGAAGCGGCGAUGGCGGCGGCGACUGCUGCCGCCGCAGUCGUCGCCUCGACUCAGGCGCUGCCACCGCCACUGCCAUGCCCUUUCAUCCCACAGAUUAGUCCUUGCACAAUGCUUGUGCUGCAUCCGAAACCUGUACUGGUUUCGCCGCCGCCGGCGUCUGAUUUCAAGCAGGAACACGCACCUUCGAUGCUGUCCUUGGGUGCCAUCACCUACGAGGGCCCGCAAGGGCACAUAACAUUACCACCAUGCCAGCCAGCUGGGGGUGAAGACAAUGCCGUCGCUGGCAGCAGCAUUCCCCCCGCAGUUGUGGUGAUGCCGCUGGACGGACGAGCGGUGUCUGCCGCCGCCGCUACGGCAGCAGCGGCAGCGACACGGCUAGGCAGCAGCUCCUCCUCUUCAUCCACGUCGUCGUCGUCAGCGGAGGAGGACGGCUACGACAGAGCUCACCGCCGUACCCUGCGGCGCAGAGUGAAUAGAGUGGGACCGAGUUCGGCUGCACUGCAAGUCCCCAAGUACGCAGCUGCUACUCCGCUUGGUGCCGACGUAACGCACAAAAGGGGUAUUGGCGGCAACCGAAGCGCAAGCGAACAGCCUGCCGACUGCUUGCAAAACGUUAACCUGCGGGGUUCACUAGAGGAUGAAUGCGAGGAAGAGGUUGGCCUCGAACGGCCGCGGCGGCAACGGCGGGACCUUCCGCCGUUAUGCGGUGAUGCCGCUGGAAAACCGGCAGUGGUCGAAGACCGCAGCCGCCAGCUCCUGGCGACGACAGCCGCGGCAACGACGGCGGCGGCGGUAACGAUAGCGACGGCGGCUGGUGCCGUACCUGCGCUUGCCGACAAGUCGCCCCUGUCUGCUGCACGGCUGACACUGACGUUCAGCCUAACGCUGGAUGAGUUGGUGCGCUUGGCUACUGCCUGCAAUCCUGUCACACAACGACGCAGCGACUGCUCGUCCUCCUCUUCUGCUGCUGCUGCUGCGUCCUUUGAACUGUCUGCGGCGUCGCGGCGAUCCCUCGUAGCCGCAGUGUCGGCGCACAAACAUGAGACACCGGGCGGACAGCAUGCAAGCGAACAGCAGCACCAGGAGCACUUGUGGCAUGCUCUGGAUGAGAUUCUAGGGCUCCUGUCGUACGGCCUGGAACCAGAUCGAGAUCCAAAUCCAAAUCGGGAUCCAACCGAAGAUCCGGCAGCCAUUGCCGCUGCCGCGACGGCCGCUGCGGCUGGCUCGGGCCCUGCCGGCAUGCAGCCCUGUUGUGAACCCCAGCCGGCAGGUACGAGUGGAGUUGGUACAGUUGAUGAGGCAGCAGCAAUGGCGACAAUACCCUCGGCAGCGGCGGCAACAUCGUUGGCGGUGGUAAUGGCGGAGGUGAAGACGCCAUCUGGGAACCCUGAAGCAGGCCUUCCGGCAAACAGUGUGGGCUUCGGGCCCAUCCCCCUGUUGCCGCAAACGGAGGUUGUCUUGGAGUCGCCACACCAACGGAUGCUGCAGGGUUUGAUGUCACCGCCGUUGCCGGCGCAGGAGCAAGAACCCCAUGACCGUGCAAUGCAGCUGCAGCUUGCGUCACCGCCACUGUCAGCAACUGGAAUGCAGAUGACGACCGCACUGCCCCUAGCCGAUGGGAACAGACCGGCAGCGGCGCGUAUGUCUGCCGCGACCCCAGAGCCUCCUCAGCCGCUUUCUCCGGAUCAUGCAACAAAGCAGCAGCAGCCACAGAAACCGCAUUUGCAGCUGUGCCACGACCAAGAACAGCAGCAACAACAGGAACAAGAGGCGUCUAGGAUUGCCCAUGUGACAGGGUGUGAUAAUGCGGCCGCACUGCCCCAUGAACACUCUCCACGUGCUCAUGAGGGGCUAGAUGGGCCUGCCAUGCAAGCAGGACUUCGGAUGGACCCACGGGUCAGUUGGCUUCGGACUCCAAGCUCGCCGCUUGUGCCGCAGGCAUGGUCUCAAGCCAUGGGGGGACCCUACCUGUUGGACCUAAGCCUGGAUCACAAGCGGCUUCGGGAGAACCAAUACUAUCACCACUACCAACAGCAGCAGCAGCGGCAGCAGCAAUACCAGCAGCAGCAACAGCAGCGGAAGCUGCAACACCAGCAGCAGCGGCAAGGAGAAGGAGAUGAGGCCCAGCAGCAGCAGCAGCAGUUGCAGCAGCAGUUGCAGCAGCGCACAAGUCCUCUGGCAGGGGCCCAGCAGGAAAGUGAGCAUGCAGAGCAACAGGACAGCAUGUGGCGGCAGAGGCAGGGACAGCAACGUGAGCGUUACCUGCAUGCUCUGAUGCUUGGUGGUCAGCAGCAAGAGGGACAGCAGGAGGGGUCACACCCGCAACAGCACCAACAGCAACAGCGACACCCGCUACACCCCUUGCGUCAUGCAAGCCUGCCUCGGCAGCAGCAGGAGCAGGCCCGGCAUGAUUCUUUCCCGCCAACGCCACGAGACCUUACGUCGCAGCAGCAGCCCUGGCUCAUGCAGCAAUACCGCUGGCAGCAACACCAGCAGCAUCACCUACAGCAGCAGCAACACCUACAGCAGCAGCAACAUCUACAGCAGCAGCAGCAGCCGGUCAUGUGGCCGCGUUACCCUCAACAACAACACCCACCCCAAGCACAUCCAGGUCCCUACUCAUGGCCCCCCCUGCGUCAUCACCAGCAGCACCAGCAGCACCACCACCACCAGCAGCUGCUGGCUCCACACCAGGAGCUCUGGCUACCAAGACAGCAAGCACACAUGCGGCGUUCACCAACCGCGGGAGUCGAGCAUGGCAGCAGCUCCUCCGCUCCUGGACCCACACCUUCUGAACUUCUCAACAGGCCCGAUGACCCUAGCAGCAGUCCGCGUGCCGACGUCAGCAGCAAGAGUGCAGCGGGAAUUGGAUCCCCGCCAGGCCGAUCCCCCGCAGCACAUGCUUGCGUCUUCGCAGCCCCGCUCUCACCCGAGGUACGCCCCUCAGUAACCCCGCAAGCAAUCACCCCUCCCAGCAGCGGUGAGGCUGCUCCAGUACCACAAGCUAAGCGACGACGGCUGACUGAGGAGAUCGGGGGGGGGAGGGCGGGCGCGGUGCAACCAGGUUGGCAAUUGCCCUCGACCGCUACCUAUACCACACAACACGCGUUGCCUGGGUACGGAGGAGGGGCUUCACGCACCGUGCCGCUCGCUUCUGUCGCAACUGCGCAAGGGCGGCAAGGUAGGGCGCAUGUGCAGCCGCAGAACCACUUGUCGACCCAUGGGUCAUCACCUCGGCGUCUGGCGGAGGACCUCAUCAGGAGGCACACCGGCGGCAGCUACAGUGGAGGAUGUAACGGCUGUAGCGACAGUAGCAGCAGAGGCGGCGGUACUACUGCGACGCUUGAAAGCAUUGCUGUAAAUGCUGCCGCCGCUGCUGCUAUUGGUAUCUUUGCAGCCCGCCAGCAGCGGGAUCAGCAGGCGGCGUCCCCAGGAGGAGCCAAAAUGCAGCUCCUUGAUUACGACCCGUGGGUCGCUCAUCAGCUCAUGCAGCAGCACCACCACCAACGGGCCAGCUUACCGCAGCGCCCAGACAGCCAUGUUGUUGGAUCAGCAGCUCAAAGUGAAGAAGGCAACAUCGCCGUUACCUGGCAGCAGCACCAACAACAACAACAGCACCAACAGCAGCAGCAACAACAGCAGCAGUUAGGGUUGCCGAGACCAUCGGAGGCGGCUGCCGGCAGACCGGCAGGUGCGGCACAGCAGGGGCGAUCGUACAUUACCUUUAGCCCGCUACCGCCGUCGGGGGCUGCAGCAGCGGCAACAGCAGCGGCAGCUGAUGCUGGGUUGGCCUCGUUGGCACGGGAGGCGGCGGCGGCGGUGGCAAGGCGGAGCCCUGUUGGCCGUACGACCCGGAACAACCUUCCCAGGGGCGGCCCCGCGGGGGCUGCUGGUGCGGGGGCUCCUGCUGUGGAUCCGGGUGCGGGUGCGGGUGCGGGGGCUGCCCAUGCUGUUGCGUGUGCAAUACCCUAACAGGAAGUGAGGGGGCAGGGCAUGUCAGAACGUUUCCUGAGUUUUGAUUUGGUAUAUAGCUCAUAAGGGUAGGUACGGUCUUCUUGCAUUUUGCUGUAUGGCUGCCAGCAUUUGUGUACUGUUGUAAAAAUCUAAAUAGGAUGUAUGUGUUGCCUCAUAAAAUAUCUACCGGUAGCUUCUGCCACCUGUUUGUAAUCCGCAGUGCGUAUGAUGGGCCUACCUGGCAUGGUUGAGUACUGGGAACCGCAGGACCGAGUGUCGAGGCUCCCGUGGCUUGUAGAGAAACGUUGUUAUCAUGCACGGUCUGUUCUGCGAGCUUGCUUCCCCAAUUGCUUGUCCACUCCGCUCCGCCGUGUGUGCUCUGUCUGGUUUGAAUGUUCAUAGACUCGCCGCCUAACUGAUCCUCGCAGCAAAAGGCUCGCGAGGUAUCUGAUUACUUCCGUUUAGAACUACUUACCCUAACUAUUUAUCUAUGCAUGGCGUUCGUAUUGGUGUGGUUUCAUUGGGUUUGCUCUUCCCAGUACGCAGGCUGUAGUUCUGUCUGCAGACCCAUGGGUCCGUGAGUGCGUGUAGGUGAGGGCAUAAUGAGUGUACGUGGCGUAAUGUAGAUGAUGCGUCAACUCCUUUGCAUGUUAGAGGGAUGUGUACAGUCUACACGCGGGAUGUGCACGGUCUGCACAUUGUUAGUUGUGACGGUUGGUUUACUUGGCAGGAGGAUGGCUCACCAAAUGUUGCUGGAUCUUUGCUUAGGACUUGAACGUUAAGCUGUACUUGGAAGGGGCGUUACUCGAGAGUAGAUAGGGGAUGAGCCCCGGCCGGGCUACAAUUGUACGGCAUGAGCAUGCAGUGAAAGUAUGUGGCAUGAAUGAUGCCGUACACGCAAGCUUACUGUUACCGCAUAUAAAUUGGGUGGAGCGCUCAUAGUGUAUAGUGCUUUGGUUUGGCUCGAGCCUGUUUAGUGUUAUCAUUGCCUCUAUUGAUUCCAUCUGCCCACUACUAUGGACAGGUGCCCGCCUAAGGCUCUUGCAUGUACCGUAAAAUGCAAGCCUUGUUUGGGCAUGUGUACAAUGAUACGGGCAGGCGUCUAUUGAACAGGCGAAACGCAUUGGCGUGCACCAUGGGUUGGUAAGAAUCUGCCAGCUUGUCCUUUGUAUCUCCUAUUUGCCUGAUGUGGCAUGGGUUGUGCUGUGUUAAUGGCAUGCUGUACAGUGCUGUAUAAUAUAUAAUGCAGGAUGAUUGCAGUUGCCUUGUGUGUUUACCUUGCUCGGGGUUGUGGUUAGUGAUAGAUCCAAAUGUCGACUGCGGCAAUCCCUGCCCAUGCAUGUAGUCAGCAUCUAAACAUGUACCGUACAUCGCUUUAACACUGUUGUAGGAACUGCCAAGCUGUACGUGUGUGUCGAAGGUACUUGGGCGUGGCCUGUUUGGCAAAAUUUGACGAGAAUGAAAAUGCAGGCAUUGUAGCAACGCAUGCAUGUUGAUGUCGAUAACGCUGCUGUAUUAGGAUUAAGUCGGCAUUGUGAAUACCUAUUAGGCGUGCUAUUAUGACGUACUGCGUGUGUUGGCAUCCUGUGUAUUGCUGGACCUUUAUUCAUGUAAUAGGAAUCCAUAGCCAGACACGCUUGUAUUGACUUCCACUCAC